AGCUGACGUGUACCAGUCCAGCUAUACUCAGGUAGUGCUCUGCUAUCAAACCACGGGAGGGAAUUAGGGGCGGUUUGAUGCUGACCGACUCAGAUCAACCUAAGUCUAAGUCAUCAACCACAAGGAAGGCCCGAACAGGCAAGAUAUAGCGGAGACCUUCAAUCCAUCAGUCGCGGCCCAGACAUGAAUCUGGGUCCGAGAGAUGACAGAGACCUGCAGACUGCCAGACGUCAUGUCAGUAGGGUCCCAGUCAUUCUCCCCUGGUGGGCCCAAUGGUAUCAUUAGAAGCCAAUCCUUUGCUGGUUUCACCACACAGCAAGAACGGAGGUCCAGGUGUCAUUCUUUCAUUGGAAAUAACGGAGCUGUCAAAAAGCCACAAGGAAAAUCAAAGAAGAUGAACAGUUCAUCGCAUAAAAACAGCAGUAGCUCCAAGGACAUCCAGCCGAAACGGAUGGAGGAAAUGUACGACUCGCUGAAGAAAGGAUUGAGCAGUGAGUACCUCGAAUUCCAUCAGGCAGAGUUGGAUAAACUCACCACUCAGCUGAAAGAUAUGAAGAGCAACUCCAGACUGGGCGUUUUGUACGACCUGGAUAAGCAAAUCAAAUCAAUAGAAAGAUACGUGAGAAGACUGGAGUUCCACAUCAGUAAGGUGGAUGAACUAUAUGAGGCAUUCUGCAUCCAGAAAAGACUGCGAGAGGGAGCGGCUAAAAUGAAGCAGGCUUUCUCAUCGUCACCUUCUACCAAAGGGGCCCGGGAAAGCCUAGCCGAGAUAAAUAGGAGCUACAAGGAAUACACAGAGAAUAUGCACUUAGUUGAAGGCGAGAUGGAAACUCUUCUGGGAGAAUUUCACAUUAAGAUGAAAGGUUUAGCCGGCUUUGCACGUCUCUGUCCAGGAGAUCAAUAUGAAAUUUUCAUGCGCUAUGGUCGUCAGCGCUGGAAGUUAAAAGGGAAGAUAGAAGCCAACGACAGACAAAGCUGGGAUGGAGAAGACAUGAUCUUCUUACCACUGAUUAAUGAAUUAUUCUCAAUUAAGGUGUCAGAGCUGAAGGGACUGGCUACACAUCUCCUGGUUGGCAGCGUUACCUGUGAAACAAAGGACCUAUUCACAGCCAGACCUCAGUUGGUUGCUGUUGACAUCAACGACCUUGGCACCGUCAAGCUAAACCUUGAAGUCACCUGGUAUCCAUUUGACAAGGAAGAUCUGACCCCAUCCACUGGAAAUCUAAACAAGGCUACCUCUGUGCAGAGACGAUGCUCCAUAUAUAGCCAAAACACCCCAGAUACUCCCACCUUUGAAGACUACUCCUUCUUUACUUCCUUACACGAGGAUAAUGCCUUUGAGAACGGGAUCUUGGCAGGCGAAAAAUCUAUGUCCCUCAGCUACAGCCACCUUGCAAAUGGAACCUGUAUUACCACACCCACUCUGACAUCUGCUCCUCGGGUCUACUCCAACCCUGAAAUCACUGUGACUCCACCAAAUGCUCAGGACGAAGACUCGGGAUCCCAAACAUCAACAAGUGCAGUGGAUGAUGCCGUGGCAUCACCAGAGGAACCAGCUCAAAGAACCAGUUGUCGGUCUUCCUUUGCAUCUGAUCCAGGAGAAGAAGAGCGAGACAACCAGGCAGUAUCCUCCAUGCGGGCAGAGCAUGACCAAUGUGCUCCAGACCGCGGAAACGAGGUGUUUUUAGAAUCUGAUGUCGCUGUUGGACUGCUUCAAGACUCGGACGAGAUGUCUGACCUCAAGCCUGUUGAAUUGGACACAUAUGAAGGCAAUCUGACCAAGCAGCUGGUGAAGAGGUUGACCUCAGCAGAAAAGCUGCUGGGCUGCAACCCACAGGAAAUGGAGGGAUUCAUCACCAGCGAUUGCGAGGGGAUGAGGCCCGUGUCAGAGAUGAGGCUGGAGGAAGCUCUGCAGGGCCUCUUCCUAGCGCUGGAGCCACAUAAGGAGCGGUAUAAGGAGCUUCAUGAUCUGGAGCAGGAACUCCUGCGUCUUGAGGAUCUCCUUAAGUGCAAACCGAGUGUUAACAGAAGCAGGUCGUCAAGUUUAAGUCUGACUGUUGAGAGUGCUUUAGAAAGCUUUGAUUUCCUAAACACUUCAGACUUUGAUGAUGAUGAUGAUGGUGGGGAUGGUCCUGACUCUGAAUGUUCUGACAUCGAAGCUGAGACCAAUGUUGGCAGCUCCGAGCACCCCGAAGCCAGGGGUCAUUUGAGUGAGGCAUUGACGGAAGACACGGGGGUUGGCACUAGUGUGGCUGGAAGUCCUCUGCCUCUUACCACGGGAUACGAAAACCUUGACUUCACCAUUGCAAAGCACUUGCAGCACUGUGAUCAGCUAUUGCAGAGACUCAUGUCCUUGGAUGAAUAUCCAAUCAAUCGGCAGAGGCUCCUGGAGAAGAUUUCUCAGCAGGCACUAGUACUGGAAAACAUGACUGAGCUCAGCACAGAGAAAGUGGGAAGCCUCACUUCUGCAGUAGAAGUUAUCCCACGGCUGCAGGAACAACAGGCUUUGCUCUCCCUCUGGAUAGAGAGCUGCGGGUCAGGGAAUGUGUUCUAUGCACCUGUUGAAAAGCUGAUGAAACAAAUUACUCUUCAGUUUGCCGAGACUGUGAACAAAAGGUGUCCAGGUCAUUCUGACACAGUCAUCAGAAUACUUAUGAAUCAGAUGCUAGACAGACCUGAACCAUUGCCUGCCUCUAGCCUCUCACAGGUGGUGGUGACCAUCUUCCAAUUCGACAGCUAUCUGACCAGCCACAACCUUACUGACCUGGGAGAUCACCUGGAACAGCUGGCAAAUGAAGUCUCUCUGGUGCUGACUCUUCAAUCUUCACAUGUGGAAAUGGUGUUACAAAAGCUGAGGGCGGAGACAGGUCAGAACCUCCAACCUUUGCAGGAGACACUUAAGGCAAUAGCUUUCCUUCUGCUGGAAGCCAGCAGAGACCUUGUCCAGGCCACCACAUCUUUCCUUGUUGCAGCUUCACUGAACAAGAAUUUCAGAGAAAAGGCUGUGAUGUAUUACACAGAAGCACUGACUCAGCCAAACGUAAAGAUGCAGAGAGCAGCAUGUACAGCGUUGAAAUGCAUCAAAAUGUGUGAAAGCAUCGACAUUCUGGUGAGUCUGUGCCAGUCUGAGCGAGAAGUGAUACGGCAAAGUGCAGCAGAAUCACUCCUCUCACUAGGAGAGGAAGGUCGCUUGGCAUACGAACAGCUUGACAAAGUCCCUCAAGAAAUUGUGCGACUUGCAGGGAGACGGAGCAAUGCGGUCAGCACUGCGUUUUAACGCAAGCUCUUGCCAAAGUGUCCUUCACUGUUACAGACUGCUCAGCCAGCUGGAGCUCUGUGUUAAAGAUCUGCCACAGCAGCAGAUGGAAGAGAAGCAGAGACUACAUGCCCAGAUGAGAGAUCUUGGACCACAAAAGAUGCACCUUCCCCGACACAAGUUAGACUGUGAUAUGCACUGAAAAUAAGGCUAACCAACCGAUGUGAGAGUUAUCUCAUGCAAACUUACUUUACCAAAGUUUAUUUGAACUAACGAAAAAAAUGAAGUUUUUGUGUUAAAUUAUUUAUAAUUCCAAAGUUCUGACAGCUGGAUUUCCCCGUUUCUCUUAUUUUGUCAGAGUUCACAUUAGCAUUAUUUUUAAACUUGAACAAAUAGGGGUACAGCAUGUGACCCCUGAGUGGCUAGCACAGGAGAGAUGUAGGUGAAUAUUGUGUGAAGGGUGGAGUGGGAGGGAGUCUCCCAGAAGUGGACUCUGGGCUUUUAGUUUCUAUGUAUCUAUAUAUACCAUCUACCGGUUUGUGUUCUUGCUUUCUAUUGCCUUUCCAGGUCACAUUGCCUUGAUGUCAGGAGGUACUGGCGCUAUAGUGCAAAGAGCGCUUGUGGCAAGGGAGUUGCAGUUAUGCUAUUAGUCCUUUGAAGUUCGCAUCAGUGACAUACUUGCAGAGUUGGGCAAUUUACUUUUGCCUUAGAGGAGUUUUAGCAGCGGAAGGGAAAAGUACUCUGCAGAAGAUGACAAUAUAAACAUGUAGUGCAGUACCUGUGGAUAUUGUAAAUAUGUAGCAUGUUUUUUUGAUUGCAAAUCAAUGUCGGGCAGAUUUCUCCUCCAAACAAACUGUAAAAUAAAUGGAGCGGAGAUGUCAGUUUUGAAAUGUUUCAGAUCACGGAUUUAUUGUAGCAAUGCGAAGUCUGGAAACCCACCCAGUUUUGCCCUGUGAGACCAUUUUGUUCGUACAAUUUAAGAUUGUGCAGAAGUUCGGACAAUUCUGUCCUAUCUUGGAAGCUGUUUUUCCUGAAGUUCUUAAAAAUAAAAAAAAUUGCUUUGUAUAAAGAUCGAAUUUAAGAAUUUGCUACAGUUCGCGAUUCCACAAAUCAUAAAGUUGAAGAUGAAAUAGUCUUAGAGGAUAAGACAAUGUGGAAUUUCAGGCCAGUGACUUUGGUCCUAUUUAUAAUGUUAUUAUGAUGCAUGGUUUACCUGUGGAGUAUCAGGUAAGCAGAAACUGAGGUCUAUAAGAGUCUAAUUCUGAACCAUGUAGUUGUUAAAGAUGUAAUUAAACCUGUGGUUAAAUAUUCUGCUGUUAAGUAAUCUAAACUAAAGUUACAUUUCUUUGCCUUGUUAUAAGUGAUUGUUCCCAAGGAAAAGCUACAAUCCUUUUGUUCUUCCUAAAUGGCAUUUUUAAAAUAAAAAAAACUGAUGCAUUAUUUCCCUACUAGCAUAUGUAAUCCUUGUUCUAUUGUCUUUGUAACGUAAUGAAAAAGCAAUAUGUAUUCAUCGCUCGCAUGGAUGACAAUUUUUCAUUAAAUAAAUAGCGGCUAAGUGGAUUGCCUGGAGCAGCACUAAGCCAAAUACAGCUA